AUGGAUUCAAGUAUCUACCAACCUUAUAAAUACCAAAAAUAUACUCCAGUAUUACAUUAUUUUAUAGAGGAAUUAUCUACUUAUACAGGAUUAGCUAGACUACUAAUAUGAGUGCUUAGAAUUAGAAAAUGAUUAAUGGUCAAGCAUUUCUAUAUUGAAAGGCUAUCCAUAAUAUAUCAAAAUAAGGAUUCAAGAUUAUUUCCCAUUAAAAAUAUUUUUCAAUGUAGGAGCAUUUAAAUGCAACACUUACUUUUCCUUUUAAACCUCCCAGCCAUCUGCAACCAAUCAUCAAAAACAUGUUGUUAUAAAAUAAUAAAAAAUUAUUGUAAUUAAGAGACCAGAUGAACACAAGUAAUAUCUAUAUAUCUCUCUCUUAUCUGAUUUUAGUACUUAAGUCAAACUUAAAGCAUGGUUUUAAUGUAUAAAAUUUAUUAUUACAUAAGAAUCCGAAUAAGACAGAUGCUAUUUCCUUUGCUAUUAUGGUUAAGAAUAGUACCGAAAAAGAAGCUGCUCAUAAAAUAACAAUAAGACAGAUGAUGAAUUAUGUGUUACUGUUAAAAAUAAUGCUACAACUAUUACCACUACCAAUUGCAUAGAAAAAUCUCACUUAAGUGAUGGCAAUGUUCCUCCAAUAAAAUCUUUAAGUGAAAAUCGUAGGUUUAAUAGUUACAAAUAGAAAAAUGGAUCAAUAUCCUUAAAAAGUAGAAUUCUGUAAGUGUAACAGAAAAAACUUUAAUUAUACUCACAAAAUGUAGUUCAACGAUAUUAACGAAUGCUAAUAUAAUCAUAUAAAUAAUUAAAUCAAUCAAGAAUGAUGAAAAAAUACAUAUAUUAAUGGAUAAUUACUCUAAAUUUCAUUUAACAUAUUGAAUCAAUUUAUGCUCAUUUUAAAAUCAAUAAAAUAUUAAGAUGCAUGUCUAAUUCUCCAAAACUUUAUGCAUAAAGAUGGAAACAAUUGAAAGAUCAAAAUUUUGGUUAAAAAUGUAGAAUUUUAAUUCAAGCCAAUUUAACCCUCUCCAUAUACUCAAAUUAAGUGAAUGAAAAAAUUUAGAAAUAAAUAUCGUAACUUAUCUUUUUAGGCUUGGGAGACACAAACUUUAUUAAAAAGCAAGCAUAAUUAUAGUAAUCGUUUAUGAAUUUCUAUUUAAAGGUAAGAAAGAUUUAAGAAUUUUAUCUGUAAUAAAGAAGCAAAUUCAAUAUAUUGAUGAAUUAAAUGAUAUAAAAUAUCAAAAAAGAAUAUCCAACAAUUCUAAUUUCUAAAUAAAGAAUGAAAAGAAUCUUAUCAUAGUUUUAUUAGUUGUUGUGUGCUAAUCAUAAAUCAGAAUAUAUGAAAUACUUGAUAGCACAAAAGUCUAAUACUACUUUAAUUACUUCUGUUUUCGCAUUAUUUACAAGACCAAAAUUAAAUAUGAUGAAGAAUCAAGCAUUAUUGCUUUAACUUAUUGAAUAAACCAAAUGA